ACAUCGACCAUUGACCUAGCCAGGCCGCCUGCACCACCUUACAUACACAUGACAUGACCUACCUACACAGACGUAAAUGCGUACUGCAUGUACAUGUACUGUGACAAAAAUGCACACGCAAUAAACAACUAGAACUGUGUCAUUUGGGUGUCGGAAUUCGGAAGGAAAGCAAGAAUUCUUUCGGAAUAUGUGAUCAUUUUAGAGUCGUGUUACUUGAAGAAGCCUUUUACCGAGAUGGCUAAUCUGUUUGAGAAGCUGAAUUUUGCGGCUGCGCCGGAGAAAGUCGAGUGUAAAGAGGAGGAAACCUCGAAAUCGGAGACUGAUGUUGUUGAAAAGGAAAAGAAGCCUAUGCACGCACAGGAUCAGGCUUUGGGCCGAAGCUCAUUACAUGAUGACACUGAAGACGAACGAGAACACGUGGCACAGUCCGUGAAGCCAGAGACUGCGCCUUGCCUGUCAAAAAUUUACCUUGAAGGAGCAAGUGGCCAUAAUGGUUCAAAUGGUUCUAAUCCUGUCAUGCCUGUACAGCCAGAGAAACAAAAUGGCUGUUUUGGUAGGCCUAUGCCUGAUUUAAAGCAGCUCGCUGAAACUGAGAGCAGACUUGGAAGAAACCGGCCCGUGUCAUCAACCACCAAAGAAACAACGCCUUCACUGGCUUCAGCCUCAAGUGUAGACAGUAAGGCUCCAGAAACUCUUGGCAUGGCCAGUUCCAGCUUUAUACCGGUGACUCAAAAACCUAAUUUAGCUCACCAAUUUGUUUUGAAAACCUCCAAAAGUUUUGUAGAUGAGGAGAACGUCACUCGUGUGCCAGAGUCACCGACAUCCAAAUUAAAAGCAACGUCAACAAGAGAUAAAUUGGGAGAUAUUUCUGGAGGCGAAAUGCAAAGCAGUUGUCCGAUAGAUACCAACACGACCAAAGACUCAGUUACACACACAACUGAAGCAAACAAAUCCGUUGAUAUCGAAAAAUCAGCUGAAGAACGUUUAUCUGUGCAGCCGUCUGCCACAAAUAAUGGAUUGAAACGGCAGUUCAAGCAUGAGAUUGAUGAGAAACCACCAACAACUGCAGCUGAGCCUGUCAGCAAAACUGGCAAAAUCCUAAAGAAAUCCAAAAGUGUGUCAAAAGGAGACAAGACAGCCGCCAAAAGGGACCAUGUCAAGAUGAAACAGGAACUGCAUAGCGAGGGCGGACACAGGAAGAUCUCAAAAGCGGCCAAACGGGAGAGGAACUCUGGAUCUGCGGAUGCAAGGGCCGCGUACUUACCUCUCAGCAAACCAUUUGUCAUUCCACGCAAGAAGGCAAAACAGGGUCUCUUCCAAGAGGUCUCCCUGCAAUCCAGGGAGUUUCUGAAGGACAUCUUGCCAAUCGUAACCAAGCAAUACCGCGGCAAAGACGCAGGCAACCGCUUUUCUUUCACCAAGGCACAACUCAUUCACAACGACGAACUCACCAAAACGUUUCUUGAGUGGCGGAAGGAGAUGAAAGAAAACGAAGGCAGAACGGAGAAGGAGUUGACGGAAUCUUAUGCUUUUAUAAACACCGACAGCAAGACAGCAGCUGAGAAGAUGUGUCAAGACGGUUUAUUUGCCUCUGGUGGCCAUGUUUCACCACUCGGAAAAUCUAACAUGGGUGUGUAUCUCUCCCGGUACUCGGACAUCAUUAAGAGGGACGGAUUGGAGUCUGGCUACCAGGGAAUUCUCCUCAUCCUAAAAAUUCUUAAGGGUCGGGUGAAGGCCUUACCAGUCAACUACGCCAAUGCUCUGGAGCCUACCCCCAACUACGACAGUCAUGUAGCCAAGUCUAACGUGCUAGAUAUGACCAAGCUAACCUCUCUGCAAACUCCGCUUGCGUUUGAUGCUACACAGAUUUACCUGUUUGAGUUUGGAGACUUGGAGAUGAGCCAACGGCCGCGUCAGAUCUGCCCCUAUGCAAUGGUGAACUACACCUACCAAGAACCAGUCAAGCCUAGCCCAGCCCCCGCCCCUGCAGCCAACCCACCAACACAGUCAGUGCCUCAGCAAGAAACACGGGAUUCCUCGGUCCAGGGUAUACCCUCUGUUCACCACCACCACCUCCACCAACCCAGCAUGCCCCUACUCUCACUGCCUGUCAGCACCCACGCCAAGCCUGAUGCACCGCUGAAGGACCAAGGCGCGCAGGACAGCGUGGAUAAGCCACAGUCAGCGCCACCACUUACUCAAAUUGAAGCCCUGCGGGAGAGCCAUUACAUCGUCUGGGAAGGAACUCUGACGGCCAAGACAGAGCCUCUCUGCUCAGCCAAGAUGGUCUCCUACACGUCCCCUGUCUUGCCCCAGAAUCUGCCAGCCAUCAUCAACUUCAAGACGAAGAUCUCAUUUGCCAAGAUGCACACCUACUUUCCGUCGGGCAUUUUUGCAAGUGGAAUACCGCUCACCUCCAAUAUCAGGGAAGUAUGCCGAAGGAACAAGUACGUCGUUUACUGUGAGCUCCAGCGCAACAAGGAAUCCACUAAGCGAUACACAAAUCUGUUGCAGUUCACGAUGCUCAAUCAAGUGGUUCUGAAAUGCCGUCUUGAAGGCAACGUGACGAUGUUUGUCCUUCCAACAUCCACGCUGUCUCACGAACUCGGUGUGACACGAGGUGACUACCCAGAGACGCUGCACGUACUCUUCACAUCCCAUAGUCCCAUGAUUGGCCACAUCACAGAGAAAGGUGUCUACAUGCCCCCAGGCAACCUAAUUCAGUCCCCCGUCCCAGAUAAUCAACUUUUGGAACACAGCAACAACAAGCAGCUGAUGCUGCGCAUCGGCCUGCUGUCUAUGUUCACCAGACAGAGUCACGACCUCAAACGCCAGGCGGAAAUCAAGAGUCCUGAGUCAGUCAGCCAGGAAACGCUGGUUCAAGGGGCGUCGGAUCCCCAGACGCCCCUUGCAGUGGACCGCACAAACACUGUGGACUCCAAGAGCAAGGUUAUCGACUACCAGCAUGGAUUGUUGUCGAAGGACCGUCCGACACCUCCAGGCGCUCUUGAAAGGAGCCCCUUGCCAUCCGAAGUCCUGAACAUCCAUCCCAUGUACAAAAGUCCCGCUUCAACUGUGGACAUUCAGAAGGAUACAGUGCCUGAAGCAUCCCUUCAUCCUAUGUACAACAUAGCUGAGACCUUACCUCAAGCAGCAGUCACACCUAAGGAGGGCAUGUCCAAGAAGCAUCCCCAUCCUGUCUGUAGCCCCCAAGCCCAAUUGCAGUCACCUUACGCCAGUGACGCCAGUCAGGAAGAGAAUGUCCACCCAAUGUACAGCCAGCAUCUGGAGCCAAACAGAGAGGACCAGAAGAGUCCAAGAGCAGCCUUGCUUGAUCCUCGUCUCGCUAAGAAGCAACCUCUUGGUCCUAAUAGGAGUCCAGGAACCUCAAACUCGGAAAUCCAACGCGAACCACCCAAGGUCUCCCGUAGCAAACUACCACUUGGCAGCAUUCUGGACCAGCAGUCGGAGAUCACCAGGCUCCAGGAGGAAAUGAGAGUCCUGAGACGGCUCAAGGACACCUCGGCUGGCGACCAGGCCCUUGAAGAACGCUACAACGCCAAACUGACCAAGCUCCAGGACUUCCUGCAGGCACUUCGCAAAGAGAGGAAUCGCCUGAACCAACAACAGGAGGUCAAGCAGGACCAGACUCAGACAAAAGAGGGAGCGAUGAGAGGGCAAGCUGCAGGUGAUCUACAGGCAGGAGAGGAUAAGGUACAAGGGAAGCCAGAUGUAUUCUCCACUCCAGAGGCAAAAGCUUUCAAGCCGUAUACCAUUCAGAGCUCGCCCCUGGCAUCUGAGAUGUCCAAGGACUUGCAAGAGUCGUCAGUGAGCCCAGCUCUGUCCUCCAAGGUCAUGGACGUUGUGCAGCAGAUUGCCAAACUUCCUGUUAAACCCGCCCAGACUAACCCUGAGGUUUCAAUAGAGACGCUGAAGGCUGUCAUUGAGAAAGUCUUGGUGACACCAUCUACGGGUAAAACUGGCGGGGAGGGGACUCCUAGAUCCGUUUCAACAUUUCCAGUUUCCAUCCCUUUGAAUAUGCUGUCUUUAAGCAAGCCAUCGGGUGACCAAAGAUCUAUCAAAGAAAGUGGCGAUGCUGAGGCUGUAGAAAGAGCCUGCGGGGAAGUGUCGCAGAACACUGAAUCAGAAGGUGGAAGUAACUCACUCGAAGAGGGUAAAGUGAAACCACCGCCUAAUCCAUUCGGCGAAGCACUGUCUUCCAUGGACCAUUACAGCCAAACUGAGAGAGCCUCCAAGAAGCUCAAAAGAUCUCACAGCAAAGAGUCUGUGGAAAUGGGCGAACUGGAAAGGAAGAUGGAAUCUGGAGAUAUGCCAACUCAGAAAGCUGAUGGGAAGCCUCUCAGCUUCACAGACAAAUACAACAAAGAGAGUCUUUCACUGGACAUAGACCUUGCCAAGAAGGCCUUACCUAACCUGGAAUCUAAAGCAGGGGACAUGAGCUCGCCCAUCCGAGGCGCCUCGGAGAUGAAGGCCUUCCUGAAUGGUGGUGUCGCAGUUGCUAAGGACCGCAUUACGAGUGCCACAGACAUGAAGAGCUACCUGAAUAAGAAGCUACAGGAGGCAAAGAAUGAGAAACCGGACCGUGCAAGGAAAGGAGGAGCUGGCUCCGCAGCACCAAAGCGGGGGAAAGUGUCUGGGAGCAGCAAGGAGCGAACGAUUGCAGAGAUUGAUAAUGAGAUCAGGAGAUUGAACAAGGAAAAGGAACGUCUCAAGACACAGUAUGCACGGAAAAGGAACUCCAGUGGUGGGAGUAAUCCUGAUAAACCAAAGAAGCUCCCAUUUAUCCAGUCAGUGGACCUAAAAGGCCUUGGACGCAUACCUAAGAAGAAAACCCCAUCCCCAGAGACUGUUGAAGGUACUUCUUCCACCUUUUCAGACCUCUCAGAGACAUCCGCUGAGAAGACUCGCCCCAGUGUAGGUAGUGCCUCAACCGAUGUUCAUUCGCACGGCACUUCAGAAGGGAGAAGCAGUCAGCCAGUCGGUGUUGGCCUUGGAGCACCAGAAAGCAUCCCAGGCAUACCUAAUUGUCCGAUUGACAAAUCGACUUUCAAAGUUUGUGCCAAGGAAAUGCAACUCUCCGGCGGAAAAGAAAAAGAAUUGUUCGUGUCUGGACAGGACGGAUAUGGGAGGACAUUGUACAUGAUCGCACUGACUCGAAAGUUCCUACAAGGUGGGAUGAAGGAAGAGGAAUGGUCUGGCACCGGCCUCCAACACUGUGUCAAUGAUAUACUGCACAGAGGAUCCAGAUGUGACAGUGCCGUGGAGACUGAGGAGGAGAGAUUUUUCAGUCAGAAUGCACUAGCAGCCGCCAGAACGGUCUUCACCAAGCAGCUAGCAGUGGAUCAAACCAUCAGGCAGGUCACCGAAGAUUACCAGCAGACAGUCACAUUCAACUCUGAUAAAGAGUUUACCACAAAGCCCGAGAGCCUUUCAGAUGCCAAAGGAGAUUCCAGGCCUGCUUUGGAUCACAUGACUGAUUAUGAAGCCUCCAAGGGUCUAGCUGAAUCUAGCGAAGAGAUCUUGUAUGAUGAAGAUAUGGACCUGGUUGCUCCUGAAGAGACUGUGAUUGAGCUUCCAAACCAAGAGUUUGUGAUGGAUAAGCAAGUCAGUCCCACUGAAAAACCAAGGGGCACUGAUGAGGUGGAUGUGCCACAAGAAGGUCCAGAAGCCAUCUCUGGAAGCCUUUCAACUAACUUGCCAGGAGCCACCACAAUCCCUGGCCUGGACAUUGACCAGAAGCCUCAGGAGUCUAGGGAGCUAGACAGGACAGACAAGCCAAGCAGCAAGGAUGCUCUGGUGAUAAAUGAUGGAGCAUGCUUCUUUGGUGAUCUAGAAAGCGAAGAAGGAGUAUGCGUCAACUUUGGUCUUGAGGAAGGCAGUUUAGCAGAUGAAAAAAGCCCUCCGGACCCAACACCUGAUUUACAUCCACCAAUAGAUGAUUCUCCCAUGUCUCCAGAACAGAAAGACAGUGAGGGUAUCAAUGUAAAGCUUGCUUCCACUGCGGAAGAAAACAUUGAAUCCUCGGAUAGAUUAUUGAAUGAGAAGGCGUUUCCGUUAGCUAGCCCAACAUCGCCAGAGCCAGAAAUGUCCAAAACUGACCUUCUAGAACAGUCCAAGACAUUGCCAGAAACAGUUCUUUCAAAUGACAGCACAGAUACCACUCAAACAGUUGAGGCAGUGGACAGGGACAAAAGUCUUGUCAAAGAUGCAAGUCAUAGUACAGACUUGAUGUCUGAGGCUAUCACAAGCAAUACGAAACCAGAUGAGCAAUCCAAGGCAGAUGACUGUCCAGUUGUUGAGGUGUCUACUUGUGACAGUACCACAGAUGAGCAAAGUCUCAAGCCAUCCUUGAAAUCAGACAGCAGCAUGAAGGACUCUAGGUCCUCCCAUCGCCACCAUCCCUACGAGAGGAGGAGGGAUCAGGAUGAGGAAGAAGGGAGGAAGUACAGUAAGCAUCUUGCUGUCCCAGAGCUACACAGGCUGAUGCAGAACUACACCCUGGCUGCGUACAAGAACCGGAGAAGGAACCGGCAUACGGCAGAGGCUAAGCCUGACUUCUACGACAGUCCCAGGAGCUCGCCGGCCCGAUUCAGGGACGUGUCCAGAGAGUUCAGCCGUGGGAAGGCCGAAAAGAGCAAAGAGGGCAAACAGGAUGUCAAGACGCUGGCUGAGAAACAACAAAAGAAGAAGACUCAGCUCCAGGAAUUGGAGAAAGAGUUUGUCAAGGAGCCAGGCAAACCUACCGGUAGAGGAGACAUGACGGAAGAAUCCUAUCAGGUUGAAAAGUGUUACUACGAGGAUCAGGUGGAGGCUGGUCGUCAUGAGCGAUCCACUCAAGGCCGAGUUCCCUCGUCCAACAGGCAAGCUUCAACCAGUAGUACGCAUCAUGCCCCAGUCCAAGGAGAGGUAUCCCAACCAUCAUCCGUAACAAGUCCAACAACGCGAACAUGCCAAAUCACAACAGGCGGAGGGGCAACAAUCGCUUCGAUAGACACCCAAGCCAGCUUUCUCCCCAGCCGCAGCAACAGCAGUACCUACAGCAGCAGUGGCAGCAGCACCAGCAGCAGGAGCAACAGGUGUUCCAGCAGUGCCAACAGUUGCUCGCUCGGCAGUUCCAGCAACAGUCAAAUCAACAGCAGUUCUGGCAGCAGCAACAGCAGCAACGGCAGAUGUUCUUACAGCAGCAACAGCAACAGCAGCAGCGACAACAGAUCAUGCAACAGCAGCAACAGCGGCAGUUCCAGCGCCGGUACCAGCAGCAGGCUGGUAGGGGUUGGAGGUGGUAGUCCAAAGAACCAGUUUACAGAAGGGGGGGGUAACCAGUCACAACACAUCCCAUCAGCAGCCAACCAAGAUUUACAAUCACAGCCACCACUACCAGACCAUACCAAGACAACGAUGGACAACAGGACAGGUUUACCUGCAGGCCUUGUGCCAAUCAGCCAUUUCUAUCCAGUCCAGACCCAACCAGUCGUCACUAAGAAAGAAUCCUGUUUGGUGUCGUUCUCUAUCAAUGCUGCUCGUGAUCCAAGAAUCAGAAGGCAACACAACCAACAACCACUGACGACACCUCAAACGGAGCCUAUCAAAACAUCUGAGCAGACAAUAGUUAACUCCUCUGCCAACAACACCACACCAUUAACACAGAAGGAAUCCAAAAACAAUGCACCAGUAGUAACACAGAACAGCCCAGGUGCUUCUGUUUCGUCCAUAAAGCCUCCAAAUUUGAGCAACAGACCAGCCAAGUCGAUCCUGAAAGGAGGGGCCCAAAGACCUCCAUCGCCUGUUACUGUUGACAGAGAAACCAGAUCGAGCAGUCCCUCUUGCGAGCAGGUCUCGGACGCUUCUUCAGAUGCAUCAAAGAAGGUGAAAAUCAGUCUGUCGCAGUAUAAAGGGAAAGCUGAUCCCAGAGAAAAAACAGCUUCUGAUGAAGUUGAAGGGUGUCGGCAAGAAGAACAACCCAAAAGCUCAGUGAUGCAUGAAGCACAACCCGAUGCACAAUCUAGGCAAGUUGUACUUCUGCCCGCGCAUGAAAAUAUCAAAGUCACAGUCACUGGAGACUCGGAGAGAAGUCUUGUGCUAGAGGAAACGCAAACUAAUGAGGAUAAGCCAGGCAGUAACAAAGUUGACUUUGAUGAUACGCAUUGGAAUCGCAGAGAUGCCCAUGAAACCGGUGAAACCUCAGUUGAUUAUGCUUUACUUUCAGAGGAGCCGUUCUUAAAAUCGAAAAUCAGUAACGACACGGAUUUGAGGGUUGUUGUUGACCAUGCAGGUUCUGAUGAAACUCCACAGAGCUUGUCCCUGUCCAGUGCCUUAUCAUCAAAUGCAUCUAAUAUCCUAGCUUCCCAGCCAAACCUUGUUAUCACUGUUCCAAGAGAUGACACACGAGAAGUGAUACCCAGUGGACCAACAGAAGAUGGUGUGUCGCAUGACAGACAACUCACAGUUGAUGAAGGUGAUGCCAGAGCGGCAGAGCCGCCAGAGAUGAGCCUUGAAACCUUGAUAACCAUUGCUCAACUUGAGCUGGAGGAUUCCAUUUUCAACAUUGCGGCAGAUGCAGUAGAGAACACCACAUCAGAGCAGACGAACAUCAAGGAACACCUUAACAAGCUGUCGCCAAAUUCAGUUUAUCGGCGACUCCAAUCCGUCAAGUACGAACUGGAUGCGUUUUGGUCAGAGCUGCGUAAACUCAACCUGCCAGAUCCUCUACGUAUAGAUGAAGCUGCACCCACUGAUCCUCGCAGAAACAGGAAACAACUGCAGAAUGGAGAACUUAAUGGGAAGGACCUGACUACCCAAACAACCAAUGAUGUUCUAUCAGAUAUUACAUCAAAGCUUACUGCCUGCUUGAGGUCACCUAGACUGCCAAAUGAAGAACAAAUCAAAGUCUCAUCCUGUGUAUCAAAGCACCUCCCAAAGUUAGCAAAGCUUGCAAAGAUGACCGGUCCUCAGAUAAAUGGGAAAUCACCAAAGAAGCCACUCAAAAAGUGUAGCCCGGUGGAUGAAAUGAUUUCAGGACUUCAAGAGGACUUUCACAGACGAGUCGAGGAUGUGUGUCUCAGCGCAGUUGAACAUUCCAGACCAAAGCAGAAAGAAGCCAAAGCAGAGUCUGAAAGUUUGGUCUUCUCCUCGAACACUGAUCUUCUGAGCAGAAUCCAGCAGAUGUUAACAACUGCUCGUGCUCAGGCAUGUAAAGCGAAAGGGAACUCCAGGGAACCCAACUCUAGAAGACCUGACGAAAGUGGUGCUUCUGAUAGAACAUGUAAAAACCCAACUCCUCCUGAACCUGAAACUAACCACAACCAGAACAAUAACUUAUCUGAGAUGUCAUCUGAGGAUAAAUUAAAGAGAGAAAUUGAGAUUGCAGAACUUGUGCAGGAGAGAUUACCUUCACCUUUACCUUCAAAGAUGGAACCUGAUAUAAUGCCCAAAGUGGUUGAAAAGGAGAACGAGGUCCAACACAUACCCAAAAAGAAAAAGUUGACAGAAACAGCAAGAUCUCCAUCAUCACCUGAGAUGAAAAGUGCCAGUUCCUCUCCACAUGCCACCCCAGACAGCGGUAAAUGGGGCAAGUUCAAAAUGAAGCUUUGGGGUAAACGACCGACCAAGCAACGUAAGACUAUGAAAGCUACUUGGGUAAAAGUAGAAAAACCUAAGGCUUCUCCAGAAGAAGCUUCUGCUGAAAUGUCUUCGACACAAGCAGACCUUGAGACAACUUCAGAUGAUGCCAAAGAUGUGGAUAUUAAGGAGGACACGUCAGAUGUCAAGACAGAUGAAAGCAAGGAACAUAAACUCAGCAGUUCUGAAGAACGGGCCGUGGAAGAAUUGUGUGCAAAGCUGCUAGGUGAUGACAAAGCUUCCAGGAAAAAGGAGACAAGUGGCACUGGAACAAUCCCUACCCUUCUGAAUCGCACUACAAGUCAUGCAUCAUCCAUCUCCAAGGGUUCUUCCACCAGUAUCACAAGCUCCAAGACUGCAUCUGGAAGUACCUGGCAAAAGAGCCAAUUGAAGCAAGGAUUUGCUUCUCAGCCUGCUCAGUAUCAGCAUCCAUACAAUCAGCAAGGGCACAUGCAACAUGGCAUGAACACAAUGAAUGCUCAAUCUCAAGGGUUCCAAGUUACUGCGCCGUACAACUCCAAUGGUGCAGCCUAUCAGGGCUACUUCCAGCAGCAUCCCAGCAACCCAAGCAUGCAGCAGCAGCAGCAGAAUAGUGCAGGCUACAUGCAGCAACACGUUCCAACAAGUUUCCCAACGGGUUCUCAACAGAAUCCUAAUAGUGUUCAACAACAGUAUGCUGGGUAUGGAUACGGUAUUGCAUCUGUACAAGGACCAGUCAAUAUGGGACCUGCUUCUUCAAGCUCAGGACCUUGGUCCAACAGUGUGACAUCUGUGAGUGCCAACACGGGGCCUGGCCUUUCUAAUACAGGACCUGGGACCACCAAUAUUGGACCUUCACAGACCAACAACGGACCAGGAUCAACAAUCAUUGGACCAGGAUCAAAUAAUCCGGGGCCUGGUCCAGUCAUCACGGGAUCAAACAACUCAGGACUUGGUCAAUACAGUAUGGGAAAUGGACCUAAUACCAUGGGACCUAGACCUAACGCUAUGAUGCCUGGGCCUAACACUAUGAUACGGGUACCUGGACAUAACACUAUGGGACCUACACCUAACACUGUGGGACCUGGACCUAACACUAUGGGACCUUCACCUAACACUGUGGGACCUGGACCUAACACUAUGAUACCUGGACCUAACACUGUGGGACCUACACCUAACAUUGUGGGACCUGGACCUAACAUUGUGGGACCCGGACCUAACAACAUGGCCUCUGGACCUAACAACAUGGGAACUGUACCAAACAACAUGGAUAAUGGGCCAGCCAAUAUGAUGCCUGGACCUACCAACAUGGGACCUGGCCAAAACAACAUGGGAGCUGGAGCUAACUACUAUGGAGCUGGACUUUACAGUUCAGGGCCAAAUAACAUGGGAUAUGGCCCCAACAAUAUGGCCCCAGGAUCUAACAACAUGGGGCCUGGUGUAAAUUGCAUGGGUGUCGGACCAAACAUGGGAACUGGACCAAACAUGGGACCUGGACCAAACAUGGGACCUGGACCAAACAUGGGACCUGGACCAAAUGGCAUGGCUCCUGGAGCAUACACCAUGGGACCUGGUGCUUGUAAUAUGGGACCAAGACUUAACCUGCAAAUAAGACAGCAGCCGCCAGUGCCAGGCUUGGACAGUGAAGGUAGGCACUCUUAUUCUACUCUGAAUACCAAUGCAGCUUCUUACACUUACUCUCUCUCAAAUUUCCAUGUUUACCACUCUCAAGUAUAUUUCUCAACCCAAUUAAUGUCCACCUAUCCUGUUGAUCUAACUAGUGUCAGUGCUCCUGCAGUAGAUGUUACUGAUAAGACUAAUCGUGAGAUCCCUAAUAAAACUGACAUUGCUCCCACCGCAAAUUCUGUUGCAAAAUCCAAAACAAGCAUUGCAGAAGAUCUAAUAACUGAAGAUAGUGUCUUUGCAGGUGUGAAAGUAAGGUUAACAGGAAUUGACAAAGACUUGAUGACAGAUACGAUUCAGGGUAAGAGUUUUGAAGCUGAUGUCAGUCAAGGCGAUUCAAAACUUACCAAACAGCCGGAAUCGGUGGAUUCUAUGGCAGUGUUGAACCUGGAUGGCUUACAAGAAGCAGAACAAGAUAUACCUUCGGGUGUCUUGACUCCAGUUCCCUCCUCUCCCUUAAAACCAGGGAUGUUUGAAGCUACUAACGGAUGUAGACGAGAAAGUCCUGGAAACUUGUUUGAACCAGCUGAGGGAGCUAUGGUUGGAACUCAAAUUAAUCCCCUUGAUAACUUGAAGUUGUCUGAAUCUCAAGCUUGUAUUCCACAACUUUCAGAAUCUUGUGUGACUGAUCAGGCUAACAGCAACAGUGUCUGGUUUAGUGAGUUGAAAGAUAUCAAGAAAGGGUUUUUGCCAAAUGUUUCUGAGACGGACAAAGGAAAACAGACUUAUCUUGAUAAUGUUAGUAUGCUGGAGCAACAGCAGGAUGAUGUUUCUUCUGAAACGGUGUCUAAAACAUUGGAUGGUGUUCUUGACGGAAGAGGUACCUUCUCUGUGUCUCAAAAUGGAAGGAGAAAUGAGGAGCAGGGUGAAAAUGAUAAAUUACCAAAAGAGUCCAAAAGUUUUCUCCUUGGGGUGUUGAAUAUGGUUUUAUGAAGAGUUUCCUUGAGAUUGGGAGGCAAAUCCAGAAACCAGUUGCUGAUUCCCCUACGUCUAUGCCAACUAAGGAGCCAUUUGUUGCAAGCAAAAAUGAUGAGGAUGUGUCAAAAGAGACUGAAGUCCAAACAUCGGAACUGGUUGAAG